AUGGUAUCUCAAGAAACUAUCAAACACGUCAAGGAACUCAUUGCAGACAAUGAAAUCUUUGUUGCGUCGAAAACGUACUGUCCAUACUGCCACGCAGCGUUGAACACGCUUUUUGAGAAAUUGAAAGUUCCCAGGUCCAAAGUGUUGGUCUUGCAAUUGAACGAGAUGAAGGAUGGUGCAGAAAUUCAGGCAGCGCUGUGUGAGAUUAAUGGCCAGAGAACCGUGCCAAACAUCUAUAUUAAUGGUAAGCACAUUGGGGGUAACGACGACUUACAAGAGUUGAGAGAGACUGGUGAGUUGGAAGAAUUGUUGGAACCUAUCCUUGCAAACUAG